AUGUUCCCGGCCGGCGUGUUGACCGUGAGACGCACCGCCGCCGUCGCCGCGGCCAGACCGCUUUGCAGGAUCGUCGUGGCCGGCGUCCGUCACCGGUCCAGCGACGAUCGGAAAUGCGUGGUCGGGUCUACGCGCCGUCCACCGGAACCCAAACCGAAGCGGUCGUUCGUGCGCCUCAGCUGCGGUCGCAGUGCCACCGACUUCUCUGGCACCGUCGGUUAUAGUACGCGCGCCGGCAAAAAUAUCGUACCGUUCGUGUUGGCCGACAUCGGCGAGGGCAUCAGCGAGGUGACCGUCAAGGAGUGGUACGUGAACGUGGGUGACGUGGUAUCAGAAUUCGACGACGUGUGCGAGGUGGAGAGCGACAAGGCGACCGUGACCAUAACCAGCCGGUACUCGGGUGUCGUAACCAAGGUACACUACGAGACGGGCGCCACGGCCCGGGUGGGCAGCGCCCUAGUGGACAUCGAGGUGGUCGAGGACGGCGAGACGGCGGCCGCGGAGCAAGUGGCGGAUGGACCGGAAGUAGUGGCAGAUAAUGUGGAGGAAGUCACCGCCGCGUCGUCCGGAGAACCUGCGGGCGCGGACGCCGCCGGUGCAGGCGUAACGGCGCAGGUUCUAACCACUCCCGCGGUGCGCAGGAUCGCCGCCGAAAAGGGCAUCGAUCUGACUACGGUCCGAGGUACCGGCAAACAAGGUCGUGUGCUCAAGGAGGACGUACUCGGGCCCGCCGACCAGUGGUCAGCCCCUGCCCCCUCCCCCACCGCCACAGCAGUCGGCAGUCGGCCGCCACUUUCGGCGCCGUUGCAGGACUUCGUACCGCUGACCGGUUACGCAAAGACCAUGCGGAACACGAUGGAGGCGUCCAACAAGAUACCGACGUUGGUCAUCACGGACGAGGUGAACCUGACUAGGUUGAUAGAACUGAAGGAACAGCUAGCGCCACACAUCAAGCUGACGCUGUUGCCGUUCCUGUUGAAGGCCACCUCGCUGGCGUUGGCCCGGCACCCACGUAUCAACAGCACCGCCAGCCCCGACUUCGGGUCGUACAGGCCAAACGCGUCGCACAAUAUCGGCGUGGCCAUCGACACCCCUCUCGGGCUUGCGGUACCCAACGUCAAGGACGUGCAGACGCUAUCCGUGGUCGGCGUGGCCCGCCGGCUGGCCGAGCUCCGGGCCAAGGCCGCGGCUGGCAAGCUGGCGCCAUCUGACGUGACGGGCGGCACCUUCACGCUGUCCAACAUGGGCACGAUCGCAGGGUCGGCGUUCCAGCCGAUGAUCCUGCCACCCGAGGUGGCCAUCGGCGCGUUGGGCCGGAUCAACUACCGGCCACGGUACGACGACCAACAUCAACUGGUCCGAACGCCCGUCAUGGGCGUGUCCUGGGGGGCCGACCAUCGGAUCCUGGACGGCGCCGCGGUGGCCAGGUUCUUCAAGGACUGGAAGACGUACGUGGAGAACCCGUCGUUAGUGUUGGCCGACGUUCAGCUGGAUUCUGAAACGCCGCCGCAAUCCUAA